AACGGAGUCCGAUUCCUGUUCACUCCACCUUCACCGCAGCUGUAGUCCGAAAUACGAGCCCAUGCAUCACGGCACGCCGUCAAAAUGCGACAACCCAACAGCGAUCAGUUCAUCGGUAAUCCGUAAAUCGAAGAGCCCACAUUAUUGCAUACAGGCCCAGGUACAGGCACGGUACACAAUAGGCAUGGCCAAUUGAUCCUUCGCGCUCCCUUUUUUCUUUCUUUCUUUGUUUUUCCUUGUUUCCAUUUUCCCUCGUCGUUCUCGUGUCGUGCUGGUGUUGUGCCGAUGAUAACUAUCUCGAUGCCUCGUUUCACAUGCUGUUAAGAAGAGCUCUUGAAGCUGCCUACCAGUCUACAUCUGCCUCCUCCCACCCAUUAAACAGCAUCACUUUUCAAUUCUUCUUUAGAUUUGCUCAUCCCCCGUAGUUUGAACCAACUCCUCCAAGUCCAACACCAUGCAUUGGCCCUCAUGCUCUCCCCUUACACCACUAACAGCACUCGUAAUACUACCCAUCUUCAUCCCAUGCCUCGCCGCAGCCAGCAGUCCCCAGCCUCUGCCAAACGGCGAUGACUCCGUCUGUGACUGCUUCCUCACCAAUGGCACGCAGCCGGGCUACUUCUCCAACCACAUGUUCUUCGACUUCCGCAACCUAACCAAAGACGCCGGCGUCCCAGCCCUCAUCACCAACGAGACCCUCGCCACCAUCGCCAAGCCGACGAGCGAGUACUUUUCCAGCCCCGAGUGGACGAGCGUGUGGCAGCCCCAGGGCUGGAGCAACAGCGAGGGCAAGGGCAAGGGCCUGUCCGGCGCGGCAGCCGUCCUGAUGGUGUAUUCGCCCAGCAACGUGUACAUUCAGAAGAACAACGACAGCGACGCCGCGUCGGAAACGUACAUGACGCUGCGCACCCAGCGGCUGCCCAAGUUCCAGUCCGCGGCGGCCUUCCAGACCAAGACGUCAGACUACCAGUUUGUGUCUCUGCGCAUGCUCGCCCGAACCAUUGGCGGGCCGGGCGCCGUCACGGCCUUCUUCACCUAUCGGGACCCCAACUCGACGUCUGCGGUGCAAGAGGCCGACAUGGAGGUCCUGACUCGCGGACCGCGGGAGAAGAUCCAGUACACCAACCAGCCCUCCUUCACCAGCGACGACAAGGUCAAUCCCGACGCCACCCAGAACGUCACGUUGCCGAAUGGCAUGAUCUGGAGCCAAUGGGCCGUUCAUCGCCUCGACUGGACCGCCCAGAGCAGCGUCUGGUACGUCGACGGCCAGCAGGUCGCCAACAUCAGCUUCCAAGUGCCGACGGGCGCUUCGGGCAUCAAUUUCAACGCCUGGAGCGACGGCGGCAGCUGGAGUGGCAACAUGUCGCUGUAUGAUUCGGCAAAUCUCCAAAUCCAGUGGAUAGAAAUGAUUUACAACACCUCCGAUUCCAGGCCCUCAAAGAAGCGGAAUCAUCCCAGUCAGUUGCUAUGGAGCCGAGAUGUCGGUCCCCGGGGGCAACUGCUCCGGCGCAGCUCGGAUGCCGCUGGGCAAUGCAAGGUGGUGUGCAGCAUCGAUGAGGUGACCGAGGCGGGAGUUGCUACCAUGCUGUGGAAUAGCACAGCCACGCGGAUGGCCGGAGCUGACGUUGGUAACAGCCUGGCAUGGGCAUGGGCCUUGUGUCUCGGAAGCGUUUUCUGGUUGUUGGUCGUUUAACGAAGGCCAGAGAGAGCCUUGGUUUCGGAGAUGAGGGGGAGAUUUUGUUAAUAUGGGAUAAUGGCCGUCUAUAAGCAAGUCCGUAUCUCCAGCCAAUUCGGGAGGAGAUGAUGGUGGAUCGUCAUGAGGAUCACGGAUUCUGCUCGUUGAGUAGUAGUACUGGCGGGAUUUCUUUCUCCCCCCUCCUUUUGUUUCCUCCUUUCCAUUUCUUUGUCUUUUUCCUUUGGUAACGCACACGAUGCCUCAUGACUCAUGUUAACGAUUUGAAAGCCUUUUUGCUUACUUUGAUAUACCUUGGUAGCUUCUAUGUAUAAGACAGGUAUCUACUUACUAAGAAUAGAAAUUGAACUAGUAGAUCUCAAUCAUCUCA